UUGCAGAAAGUGUUCAGUGGUGAUGCAAAAACUGCCUACUUGGCACUGGUGGAUAGUGUUCAGAACAAACCGCGCUUUUUCGCCAAACAGCUCUACGAUGCUAUGAAAGGACUUGGUACAGCGGAUAACGAUCUCAUACGCAUCAUUGUUUCGCGAUCAGAAAUUGAUCUGGCGCUGAUUCGGGAAGAAUUCGAGAAAAUAUACAAGAAGCCACUGAUUGACUGGAUUAAGUCGGAAUGCUCGGGACCGUACCGCGAUGCGCUCAUUGUUAUUGUUAAAGGAAACUGA